GGCUGUAGGUCAAUCCUUGCGGGUGCUUUUAUUGGAUGUGCCGCUGUCAAGCAGUGCUGAAGAAUUGGAAGGGCAAACGCCAGAAAAGGCAGAGAAAAGACAAACAUAAAAUCAGCAUUAUGUAGCUCGAUUCUACCUUACUGCCGCUCUCGUCAACCGUGAAUAACCGAGCCGUCCCCAGUAACAGAUCCGAAACUUGUGGACACGGAGCGGUCUUGUUUUGUGGGGGGUUUUUUGUUGUUGUUUUUUUAGAUUUUUUUUUCUCUAUGUGUCUCUCUCAAGCGAUUGCAUUCUCCAGAGGUGGUACAUCCACACAUUACAGUCUGACAGCCUCUACAUCCUAUUCCCCCCAUUCAGAAUGAGAGAAAAUCGCGGAGCCUGGUAACACUGUAGCCAAUUGCACCCGGGUUUGGACUUCUUAUAUCAGGCGGAUCAUCCUUAACCUGAUAGCGAAUGCCUGAAUGGAGAUUGCAAGCCAUCCAACAAGAUUUCUUCGCUUCCUAAACUGGUGAAUUUGGGCUGAUAAAUGGAGUGUUCCGCCGGACUACACGGCAUUAUGUUCUACGACGGGUGUUUGACAUCGGAGCGACUGGCCAGAAUAACACCCUGUAGUGUGAAUAUUUCAGCCUGUUGAUGAUGAACCGCUCAGGACUGGAGCAAAGUGUCGUGAGAACCGGUUUAUGGCCCAUGUCUUGAGCUGAAGUGGGCAACCAGUUUGUUUGAGAGAGAGGGGGGGGGGAGAGAAAGAAAGAGAGAGAGAGAGAAAAGCAUCAUUUUUGAUGGCUCCAGGGUGGGGGAGGACGACUACACAUGAAACCGUGGACACAAAAAAUGGAUAAAACUAUUGCAUGAAGCUGGCGGGGGGACUGCAUGGUGUGUGUUUUUAAGGCCUACUUGAUAACAGUGAAGUUGGGGGAAAAUGAGAAAAUGGUGAUGUGGUACGAAGCCGGAAUGAGGGAUAAAAUCGUGUUUGGGGAUCUGAGCAGCUCAGCUGAAGAAUAACGGAAUCCAGGUUCUCGUGGAUAAGACAGCUGCUUUGAUUAAAGACCUCCAAUUAACUUCAUGCGAAAAAAGAGAGGGAGAAAAUCAGCUUCCUGGUUUGAGGGUGGGGGAUAGAAAAAUAUAUUAUUCAUGCCUUGUGUCAGAGCAAUUGGAGAACCGGCUUUGCUGUGGCCUAGAUGAUACAUAUAUGUAUUUAUAUAUAUAUAUAUAUAUAUAUAUAUAUUUAAAAAAAUGAAACCUUAGGAGGAAGGGUGGACCUUUUUAAAAAAAAAUUAAAAAAAAUACAAAAAACAGAGGGCGAAUGACACUUGAGUAGCCUCAAAGUAAAGCACUUGCGCAAAAAGAAAAAGGCUGAAGUGGGUUGAAGCAUGGGCUGUGCUUCAAGUAUUCAUAUCUCUGAUAGGGUGGUCUACCACAGUGGAAAAGAGUCCGAGGAUUCCCACUCACCCCAGCAGACUAAUACCACUCAGCAUCAAGGAAAUCCUGCCUUGGGACUACCCCUAAAACCCCCAAGCUGCAAGACAUCCAAUCCAGUAAGCACAAAGACCGGAGGAAAGGCUCUCUGGACGUACGAUCCACAACGUCUCGGGGGAGCGAUGGGAGCUCACAACGAAGGCACUCCUCAAUGGCCCGAAUCCACUCCAUGACUAUAGAAGCUCCCAUCACGAAGGUAAUCAACAUCAUCAAUGCAGCGCAGGAAAGUAGUCCAAUGCCCGUGGCAGAAGCCUUGGAUCGGGUACUGGAGAUCCUGAGGACCACUGAGCUCUACUCCCCACAGUUGGGAACCAAGGAUGAAGAUCCCCAUACGAAUGACCUCGUGGGUGGGCUGAUGACGGAUGGUUUACGCAGAUUAUCAGGAAAUGAAUACAUCUUUUCCACGAAACAGCCCCACCAUAUCCCCAGUCAUCUGAUAACUCCUCUGUCAUUAAAUGACAUCCCCCCUCGUAUCGCCGAGACCAUGGAGAACGAAGACUCUUGGGACUUUGACAUCGUCAACUUGGAGGCUGCAACCAUGAAACGGCCUUUAACCUACUUGGGCCUGAAGAUCUUCUCCCGCUUUGGGGUCUGCGAGUUCCUAAACUGCACUGAGGCCACUUUACGCUCCUGGCUGCAAGUGAUUGAAGCUAACUACCACUCCAGUAACUCCUACCACAACUCCUCUCAUGCCGCUGAUGUCCUUCACGCAACGGCAUAUUUUCUCUGCAAGGAGAGAGUCAAGCAAAGUUUGGAUCCCAUUGAUGAGGUGGCUGCUCUGAUUGCUGCUACUGUGCACGAUGUGGACCACCCAGGCCGCACCAACAGCUUCCUGUGCAAUGCAGGAAGCGAGCUGGCCAUCCUCUACAAUGACACAGCUGUGCUAGAGAGCCACCAUGCAGCACUGGCUUUCCAGAUCACCACAAGAGAUGAUAAGUGCAACAUCUUCAAAAACAUUGAAAGGAAUGAAUAUCGAACACUACGACAGGCUAUCAUUGACAUGGUGCUCGCAACUGAGAUGACAAAACACUUUGAACAUGUCAACAAAUUUGUCAACAGUAUCAACAAGCCACUGGCUGCUCUGGAGGAGAAUGGGGGAAGUGGUGAUGAGGAAUCUGUCAAAAGCAUUCUGACAUCCCCCGAGAAUCGCAUCCUUGUCAAGCGGAUGCUGAUUAAGUGUGCAGACAUCUCCAAUCCAUGCAGGCCACUGGAGCUCUGUAUAGAAUGGGCCGGACGCAUCUCAGAGGAGUAUUUUGCACAGACGGAUGAGGAGAAGAGACAAGGUCUACCAGUGGUUAUGCCUGUGUUUGACAGAAACACGUGUAGCAUCCCAAAGUCCCAGAUUUCCUUUAUAGACUACUUCAUUACGGACAUGUUUGAUGCAUGGGAUGCUUUUGCAGACCUCCCCAAUCUUAUGCAGCACUUGGAUAACAACUUCAAGUACUGGAAAGGUCUGGAUGAGAGGAAGCUGCACAGCCUGCGACCGCCUCCAGAGUAGGUGCUGCAGUGUCUUGCCCUGGGACUCUGUACUCCGGGGCAGCCCUCCUCUCUCGUGCUGGAGCGUCUCUCUCUGCCAGCCAAAGGGCCUCCUCGCCUUCACUCUCCUGCUUCUGUAGCACGUCGAGCGUCCACAUGUCCAUCCAUACAGAAACCACACAAGGACUUCCUGACAGGUAGUUGCAGCAAUGACAUUGCUGGCUUUACAACCCUGUCAGACGAGAACUGUGACAAACACAAAGCAUCCUUAUGAACUUCUCGUGCCUCUCAGGCUUUCGCAGCGUAGCUGGUCAAGUGACAUGACUAAAAGAGAGUCCUUACAGGUCUCCUGGCAAAACAUGCAUCCUGUAAUUACUACAUGGGCUCUCUUGUCUGCCUGCGAAGUUGCUGUUUGAGCAAAAACUGCUUGUUUACUGAAUAAGCGAGCAACACUGGAGGAGUGAAGUGUGGUCUGGAUAUAAAGGUGUCCAAUCACUGUCAGUCCAUACAAUCACCUUUGACCUCCAUACCUGUGCUCGCAGCAAGGCGAAACAGCUCCCUCUGCCCCUGGAGGCCACACCAUGAAAGAACACUCCACUGCUUUUUUUGGUUUGUUACUGGCAAUAUAUUCAUGUGUCAUAUAGAAACACAUCCAAGCUGACAUGUGACACAUAACAGACAUGUGGGAGGGUAUGCUUUCUUUUUGGAUCAGGGAGUGGGUCUUUACUUUAGGCCGCUGCUGAGAGAUGAACACCUCAACAUCAUGAUCAUAGGUAACUAAUUACAGAUGAUUUGGUAUGUUAAUUUUUCUUAGAUGUUCCAUAUUUUCUAUAUUAAAAUUCAUAAAUUAAUUAGUUAAUAAAUAAGAACAAAAUGAAUUUCAAAAACGGAGCGAAAAGCCAAAGCUGAUGAAGACAAAUACUACUAUAACUCUCAAAAAUUCAAAAUUAUUAUUCAUAUGAAGCAUUACCAUAUUAAACAUUUUUAUUUUCUUAUCAAAAGUACAGUACCAGUUUGAAUGAACACUUUUGUAUUGCACUGUAAACAAUAUUAGAAAUGUCUACGUCUCAGUGAUUUGUCCAGGGAUGGGAUGUUGCAUUGUAGAAUAAGCUGUUAUUGUUGAUCAUCAGGAGUUUAUGUGUGUGUAUGUGUGGGUGUGUUUGGGUUGUAGGUGUGGGUGCGUGGGUGCAUUCAUUGUUGCAACAAUCCCUUACUCUUGGUUUAAUGCUGUAAACCGCUUGACAUUUGACAACAGCAGAAAUAUGUGAAAACAUUUUGGACUUGAAAAUUUUUUCGCCCAGAAAUUUUUGUAUCUGGUUUAUCCUACUGAAAAAGACUGCCUUAUUUUAUACAAUAUUUAUACAGUACAUCCCACUGUGCAACUGCAACGGACAUCUGGAGUUUUUAUUAUAACAUAGUCAGAAGGUUAUGUUCAAGUAAAUCUCAAUAUUUUUAUAGACAAUGAAUUUUACACUGGAUUUGCAGCAAAUGAGAUCAACCAUUAUAGCUAUCUGAAUACCUGUGAAUUGGAUGGUCACACAGAGCAUGUAUACAGAGAACUAAAUGGUUAAGAAGGAUGUGGAUCGCAGAGUUGUCUAUCACUGUCUUUAAGCAGUCUCCUAGAGGCCAGCUUGCAUUGAUUUUUGAUCAAGCAUCAUUCUAUUUUGGCCACUUGUCCAACAUCCUUAUGCACAGACCCAGGGAACAGCUUUUCGUUCGAGGCUGGUUUCAGAUUAGGAUACUAAUAUAUGUUAAAGAUUGUUGCUAUUAAGAAUAUUUCUUCUUUAAACAGUAUAUAAAUGCCAUAACAGCUAAGCAAAUGAUGGUUAAUAGAUGUAUUGACCACGGUUAUCUUUGUUUCUCUCUUAUGACAGAAUUGAACACUCAAUCAGGGGAUUUGUUUGUUCCUUCUGAUUCACAUCUUGGUCUGAAGGCACGGGAAAAAAAUUAGAAUCUAUUCAAUGAAAAAUAAAAUAAUGUCAAUUAUAA